AUGGGUCUCUUCGCCAGUUUCCUCGACAAGUUCUGCGAGCAUUGCUCGUCCCAGUCCAUCUACACCCUCGUGUCGGUCGGUACAUUGUCCAUCAUCGCGCUGUCUGUCGUGAUCAACGUCCUGCGCCAGUUGCUCUUCAAGAACCCCCAUGAGCCCCCCGUGGUAUUCCACUGGUUCCCUUUCGUGGGAAGCACCAUCAGCUAUGGUAUCGACCCGUAUCAGUUCUUCAAGGCCUCCCGCGCAAAGUAUGGCGAUAUCUUCACAUUCGUUCUCCUCGGCAAGAAGACUACAGUCUAUUUGGGCACUAAGGGCAACGAUUUCAUCCUGAACGGCAAGCUCCGCGACGUCUGCGCCGAAGAGGUUUACUCGCCACUCACCACCCCCGUUUUUGGCCACGAUGUUGUCUAUGACUGCCCCAACUCGAAGCUCAUGGAGCAGAAGAAAUUCGUGAAGUUUGGUCUCACAUCUGAGGCUCUUCGCUCCUACGUGACCCUGAUCACCAACGAAGUCAACCAAUUCGUCGAGGAUUCUCCCGCAUUCCAGGACCCUAAGGGCACCUUCGAUGUCUCCAAAAUAAUUGCAGAGAUUACCAUCUAUACUGCGUCGCGCUCGCUCCAAGGCAAGGAAGUCCGUGACCGUUUUGAUUCAACUUUCGCCGAGAUGUACCACGACCUGGAUAUGGGCUUCGCUCCCAUCAACUUCAUGCUGCCCUGGGCCCCACUCCCUCACAACCGCAAGCGUGACGCUGCGCAGAGAAAGUUGACCGAGACUUACAUUGAUAUCAUUCGCAAGCGUCGCGAAGGUGAUGGUAAGAAGGACUCUGAGGAUAUGGUCUGGAACCUAAUGUCGUGCACCUACAAGAACGGUACCCCUAUCCCCGACAAGGAGAUUGCCCACAUGAUGAUCGCUCUAUUGAUGGCUGGACAACACUCGUCCUCGUCGACCGCUGCUUGGAUUGUCCUGCGCCUGGCUACCUGCCCCGAGAUCACUGAGGAACUCUACCAGGAGCAGCUUCGCGUCCUUGGUAACGAUCUUCCCAACCUCACCUACGAGAGUCUUCAGAAGCUCGAUCUCCACUCCAAGGUCAUCAAGGAGACUCUCCGCAUCCACGCUCCGAUCCACUCCAUCAUUCGCGCCGUCAAGAACCCGAUGCCCGUCGAAGGAACCCCUUAUGUUAUUCCGACCACUCACAACGUCCUUUCUUCUCCUGGUGUUACUGCUCGCUCUGAGGAGUUUUUCCCGAGCCCUCUCAAGUGGGACCCCCACCGCUGGGACGAAGUCCCCGUUGCUAAGGAAGACGAUGACGAGGAGAAGAUCGAUUACGGAUAUGGUCUCGUCAGCAAGGGUACCAACAGCCCCUACCUUCCUUUUGGUGCUGGUCGCCAUCGCUGCAUUGGCGAGCAAUUCGCUUAUGUGCAGCUGGGUACAAUUCUCGCGGCCUUGGUGAGACAGAUGAAGUUCACCACUCCCCCUGGCAGCACCGGCAUUCCAGAGACGGAUUAUUCAUCCCUAUUUUCCAAGCCGCUGGGCAAGUCCUUUGUGCAAUAUGAGAAGCGCGGAACCAAGGCAUAG